GACAGCUCUGAGUUUAAAGGGUCAAAGAGAUGAAGAGCAUGUAGAGCAAGAAAAUGGAGAAUUCACAGAGGCCCAUGCUUCUAUUUUUAGGGAUAUGCAUUUUCUCAUUGCAGUGGAUGCUGACCCAUCAGGAAAUUGAUGUGGCCUUAGGAGGAAUAGCAACACAAUCUUCUGUAUACAGUAACUAUUACCAAGCUUACUUUGCUAUUGAUGGCAACAGAGCAUCUUACUUUAAUUCUCACUCAUGUUCCUGUACAAAUUCUGACUAUAACCCAUGGUGGAGGGUGGAUUUGUUGGCAGUGUAUGAUAUUAGCAAUGUAAUCAUCACUAACAGAGGGGACUGCUGUCCAGAACGGAUAAAUGGUGCUGAGAUUCACAUUGGCAACUCCUUGCUCAACAACGGCAACAAUAACCCUAGAUGUGACGUUAUCGCUAGCAUCCCUGGUGGUGCCUCUGCAAAUUACACCUGCAAAAUGAGGGGUCGUUAUGUGACCAUCAUCAUUCCCAAUGUUAGCCAGUAUCUCACGCUCUGUGAAGUGGAAAUCUAUGGGGUUCCAGUGCCUGUUACUAAGAGGGCAUUUCUGAGACUGAAGUUUAACAGCAGUGAGGAUCUCAUGAACCCUACCAUGAUGGACAAAGUUCUUCAAAAGAUGAUAACUGCGAAUGUCCAGCCAUCAGUGCUUCAUAUCCGUUGGACAAAGGAACCAGAGGUGGAAACUGAAACUUAAAGAACGGUGGCAAAAAUAUAUCUUAAACAAGAAGAAGUGGUGAAAGAACAAAAACAACAACAACAAAAUAAAAAAACAUCAAAUGUGUGAGGUUUUAGGUGUAGCACUUGGAACUACUAGCCAACUGAUGCAAUACAUUUAUUAGUUAGAAGUACUAGAAUUGUUUGUUUGUUUGUUUUGGAAAUGUAUCUAUGAAAAACUAUUGUUAUUAGGCCUACAACAGCGUUCUUACAAGGUGCUUGAAGUGCUUGAUUUUGGCAUUUGGUAAUUUAAGUACUGGAAACACUUGAAAAUAGCCAUUUUUUUUUUAUCUAACAGUGCUUAAAAAGUGCAAAAUCAGGAUUUUAGCAGUGCAGAGCAGCAGCUUUCAAAAGGUUUGAAAGUGACUGCUGCUGAACCUAUAGUCUUUUAUUGGGCCGCGGUUCAGUCACUAUUUCAUACUUGUUCUGUUGUCUGACAACAGAAACAGAAAAAAUACAUGAGAACAGCUAAAGUAAAUGAGAACAGCUUUAUUGGGAAUUUGGCUAUAAAGGGCUGACAUUAGGCAGAAGGAAAAUAUGAUGUAAUGAUGUAAUUAAUAUGCUAAUUAGCACAUGACAUCAUCUAGAAACGUUUGGACACAGUGCUCCUGUCACUCACUUGGAGUAUUUUAACAUUAUAGUGAAGAUGAAGCAAUGCCUGGGAAAUUCAAAUUUAGUCCAUCACAGCUGGGAAAAGGAGCUAUAUUAAAAUUGGCUGUGUUUAUUAUUAUUAUUAUUAUUAAUAUUUUUUGGAAUUUUAAAUAGAAGAAAUAAGGAAUGUUUGAAUGACAUCUCUUGUAUAGUCCAUGAAAACAAAAGCAUAAACAGUACUUGAAAAGUCCUUGAAAAUCCUGGAAUUUCAUUAUGAAGCAUCUGUACGGACUCUGCUACUAUGUACUAUGUGAUUGAUGUAUUAAACAUGACCCCUUGAUUUCUGGGUUUAGCAUAGUUAUAACUUGGAUUGAGUUUAAAAUAAUAGCUAUAUUUUCUGGUAGAGUGAUGCUGAUUAAGAUUCUCUGACAAAUAUUAUUCAGUAGAUAGAGUAUAUUCAGUAGUCUUUCUGGGAAAGUGAGAAUUUCUAGGUUAACAUAAAAGAAAAUAAAACACUCAAAUUAUCCUGGUUGUAAGAACUGCUCAUUCAGCUGUACACCUUUACAAUUUUCACUGCGGAUAUAUCAUGAGCUUUAUUGAAAGAAUAUAAUACUCCUAAUCCUCGUCACCUCCCAGCCAAUCAGUCAUCACAGUCUUGAUGAAAUUUGGUAUAGUUGGAAGCAUGUUUAAAACAUAGAAAGUGCUGAAAUCAUGUAAGAAUGAGGUUUUACUCACUGGCCUAACUGUGUUCACUUUAAACUUUGUUCCUUCCCUUGAACACUUCCCAUGUUUGUAUAAUGAUGAUUCUCAGUACAGCACAUUACCAAUUAUUAAUGGGCUUUUAAUAUAUUUAUUUAUUUGUUUGUUUACUUAUGUGAGACAAUUAUGGGAUUUUGUAUUUAAUACAUGUUCUUUUUUAUGCUUUUACAUAAUUUUAUCUUAUUUGUCUCAUCCUUGUUCAUUCCCUUAAAUCAACAUUUCCCAUUGUUAGUAUCAGAAUCUUAUUUAACAUGCAACAUAUUCAAUAAUCUGCAAUAAAGAAAUUCUCAUUACACAGAGUAUCCAGAAUGUUUCUGAAACACUUCAGCCUAUGAUUAGCCAUAAAUUCGUGGGAGGACACUGUAACAGUCUCUGAGGAUUUCUUCUUAUCACACCACUGUAAAAACCCAAACCACUAAAUACUGGCUUCUUCUUUUAAUUUGAUUGUCAGUGCUCAACUCAAACCAACAACUGAAUCAUUACAAAUAUCAGGAAUGAUUGUGUUUGAAAUAAACCACUGAUUAUAUCCUACUUGUUUGUUUCUAGAUUGUAUGACUUAUUUAGCCAAAUCUAAACUCACCUC